AUGACCGUUGAGCCCGUGAGCGAAGAUGACGCUGUGAAUCAUUUAGCCAGUUAUACGACAAAUGAUCCUGGCCACACUCCAUGGUUGCCUGGUUACCCCGAUCUGGAGAUGGACAAGGUCGAACUACUCUCAGCCUUCCUCGCGGACGAUCUAGAGUGCAAAGAAUUAGAUCAGAUGUCAGACUGCCUUUGGCUUCUGUCUACACAGUCAAGUGAAAAUAUCUCGCAGCUACAUAGACAAAGAGUCAAGGGUAGAGAGAUCAUACUCACGGAAGAGCCGAAGCUCCACUUGAUCUGGUUCUACGACAAAAUCCACAUCAAGCCGAUGCCCCGGUAUCUCCUAUCACGUAGUUUCUGGCAGCAGCUUCUUUUAGAUCCUCAGCAGCCAUUAGCAUUGAGGCAUAAUAUAAUCCUCACAAGCGCGCUCGGAUUCCUUCGGUCUUACGCCCACUUGAUUCGGUACGAGUCCGACUUUCGCAUCGCAAAGGAUAACACUCUGGCGCUCAUUCCUGAUUUUGUCAGCUGGGAGCAAUGGCGUCUUCUGCGCGCCCAAGUACUCGUGGUCCGAGAUGAAGAGGUCUCAGCAAGGUUCAGAUUUGGCGAAAUCCGACUUACGAGGCUGAACUUCUACUGCAAGUUCCUUCUCUUCGAAACAUACUACUACCGCACCCAUCGACAAUACGGGGACUAUUUCGCCAGCUUUUAUCCAUCGCUACUGUUCUUGUUCGGCAUCAUCUCGAUUAUGCUUGGGGCGAUGCAACUGGCGGCGACUGUCGAGCAGCUUGACGAACAGUGGCGUUGUCUCUUAGGGCUUUUUCGCAUGUUCAGCGUAGUGACCAUGGUGAUCACAUUUCUGUUACUGGCCACCCUGCUUGUGCUUUUUGCAAUCAAGAUCACUAACGAGUGGAUUUUUGCAUUGCGUUGUCGUUAUUCUCGGGGACCCAGGAAGUCAGGAACCAGGUUAAAUCCGUAA